GUGAAGCGUUAAGUGGGUGAGAAACUCAAGCGCCGGAAGGUGACUUUAUUAUGUUAUUAGCGACAUUUGAAUGUGAGAGUAUUUAACUUAUCUCGUCUGUAGACGCUGCCACUGACACGCGCUCAUUUUAUGAAAGUAUGAAAACAUCGCAAUUGUAAUGACGAUGGAAUCAACGUGCGAGUAUUUCAUGUAUUUCCCCGCCGCUCCAAUAUCGAGUCUCUCGGACCCGGCGAAGUACACGAGUCUUCCGCAGCGAAAGCACGUCUACCUCGGGGAGACCGUCCAGUUCCUGCUCGUGCUGCAGUUCCGGGACGCUUCGGACAAGCGCGACAGCUGCGGGGCGGUUCACUGGAAGGAGCAGGUGGGUACUCUAUCAGCGCUGGCGAGUGUGUGUGUCGCUGAGAGCCGCCAGCAGAGAGCCGCUGAGUGUCCACCAGACUUCCAGAGCUGCAACAGCAGCUGUGAUGGGGGCAGCGAGUCUGUAACCACCAACCGGACAUUCACUCAGUGCGACCCGCUUCUCAUUCAGAAUAGCUCGGCCUUUAAGGGACGGCAGGACGGGACGGAACCAGUGAAGUCUGCCUCAGUGUCUGAUGACCAGGUUAUCUUUUGUCUCACCGUCUCGUUGGACAAGCUGCCAGUCAACACACUCAAAGCCAAGGUCAUAGUUACUGUGUGGACACAGGAGGAAGAGAAGGUGGAGGUGAGCGAACAUGGCUACCUGACUCUUCUGCAGCUCAGGAGACCAACACACACCUUCAGACAGGACCUCAGGACCUUCAAAGCUCAGGUCAACACCACCCUGGAUGUUCUUCCACCUCCCAGUGUCCACUGUCAGCAGCUGACUGUCUCUGGAAAACACUUGACUGUUCUCAAAGUGGUGAACUGCAGCUCUCACGAGGUGGUGUGUGUCAGAGAUGUGAGAAUCCUUCCUAACUAUAACUCGUCCUACCUCCCCAUGAUGCCAGAUGGUUCAGUGCUUAUCGUGGACAAUGUCUGCCAUCAGUCCGCUGAGGUCACCAUGGCUUCAUUCUACCGGAUAGACAACAAAUCAUCGCGUUUACCCAGCAUGCUCAGUGCCCUGGAGGAGCAGAACUUCCUGUUCCAACUGCAGCUACAAGACAAAGAAGAGGAGGACUCCAGCGAGGGUUUGGAAGUCCCAUUGGUGGCUGUGUUGCAGUGGUACGCACCAGCACAUCCUCUCACAAGGUAUAUUUCUAGCUGCUAUUCGUUGCCCACUAUCCGCUUGGAUCGUCCUCAGCUGGUGAUGACAGCCUCCUGUGCCAGUGCCAUCAGACCCCUGCAACACUUGUGGGUUAAAUACACUCUGCUGAACAACUUACAGGACUUUAUUGGUGUCCGUCUGAUCUGGAAUUCUGAAGCUCAGUGUCGCAGGUAUCAGCAUGACUCCAGGUUGGCAGCAGUGGUGUGUCAGACUCCCCUUAACAACUUGGGACAGUGUAGGAAAGGCUCCACUCUGUCCUUUACAGUGGCCUUCCAGAUCCUCACUACUGGAGUCUUUGAGCUAUGCCAGCACAUGAAACUGAAGCUGCAGUUCACAGCCUCCAUGUCUUCACCUCCCCCUUCAUCACCUCUGAGGAAGUCUCCGUCAUCCAGUCCUGUCGCCAGAGAGCUGCUGGAGAAACAGAGCCUGUGUCGCUCGCAGAGCUUCUCCCACCAGCAGCCAUCCAGAUCACACCACGUCAGGUCAGGCAGUGUAAUGGAGCAGCGUAUUAUCACGCCUCCUAUGGGAUCUCCACUGGGCCGAACCCUCUACCCUCCCCCUGACCACGCCCUCUUUUCACUGGACAAAAUAGCCAAGAGGGAGUGCAAGGUGUUGGUGCUGGAACCAGUCCAAGAGGCACACUGCAGAUGACGUGGAGAGGAGGAGGGUCUCAGUCGAGGGUCUGUCGAGCCGCCAGAGUCUCAAAGGAACGAGGAGCAAGAGAAUCACAUGGUGAGGAGAGAGGCGGGUGGUGGAGGGAUGCUGCAGCACACAUGAUGAAGGAGAAGAACGUCUUCAUUUCACUGGUUUAUCAUUUCACUGGAUUUUUUUUUGUACUUUUAAGAAAAAAGUCUUUAAGCUCACAUUUCAUUUUAUUCUAUGGGUUAUUUUUAUUUUUCUAUAAAGUCUGGGUGAUUUUGUUGAUAUACAUUCCAGAGUUUUAGGGUUUUAUUUGCAUCAUUGUUUAUUAUUAUUAUAAUUAUUAUCAUUAUUAUAAUUAUUAUUAUUAUUAUCAUCAUAAUUAUUAUUGUUGAUAUACACCUUAAGUCUGCUCUGCAGCCGCUCUGUGAGAACACAAAUGUCUGUAGAAGUCACUGGCAGCUCCCGAGUCACAUCUUUGGUCAAACUCAGCUCAUGUGAGAACACAGAAAAAAACAGAAAAAAGCUCCAGAUUAUUCACACUCAGUAUGUUUCCAUGCACAGUUAAGUAGAGCAAUGGUUGUAGCUCAACUAUGCUGUUUAAUUGCAUUACUGCCCUUGUCCCAGUGUACGCACUAGUGGGGAAUUGAUUGACGUAGCACCAGGUACUGUAUACUGGAAAUAGAGGAACAGGGAACUGUUGAACAAAUCGAAAACUUGAAAGUCACAUUUCCCACACCCUGGUUCACUGUCUUCAACUUGAGAAGUCUGAAAAAAACACACAUGAUUUUGACACAUUUCACCCAAUACUAGUUAUUAACAAUGCAAGUAACAUGUCUGUAGUUUAUGAAUGAAAUAGUACUGUGUGUACAACCAAUUUAAUGUGAAAUAUGACAAUAUUUCAACAGUACUAUCAACAGUAAAACAUCAGCAGUCUUUAUGAAAUUUCAUGUUAGGGGUUGAUGAGUUUGUUUCAAGUUUCAAGUUGGAAAUCCUGAGUUUUGACUACAAAUGGAAUGCACCUUUAAGUCCAACUCAUUUAGGGUGCUUUCCUACUUGGAUUUUGUUGUGAUUCAGAGAGUAAUUGUUUUACAUUAUUGCACUUAACCUUAGUUUGAUUGGUUUUCACACUGCAUUCUAGACUCACUGCUACACGCUUAUAAACAAUUCUUGUGAUUGGUCAGAAUUUUGUGGGAAAUUUGUAAUUCAGGAAAUUCCUCAGAUUCCCGUAAUCAAAAAUAGAUUACUCCCAGUGAGAGUAGGCAAUGGCAUUUAUUGCUGUUCUCUGGAUGGUGUUAUACCAGUGUUCAGUACAUUUCCAAUUUGAGUGAGCAACUAGGCUACACCGAGAAAACAAUGCCAUAUAUCUGAUGAUGAUGCCCUGCUGCUGCGUCAGACACCUCCCAAGGAGUAGAUGUGUCCUGGAGGCAUAUAAUGACUUAUUCACUGGACAGUUUGUAUUCUGAAGAUGCAUCAGGUAAGCUGCUUGUUUAUAUGUUUUGGGUAAAUUGUGUACCCACUGUACUCAUUGUGUGAGCUGAGACCACCCUCUCUAGGUCUCAGCCCGGGUUGAUUUUUGCUGGAAAGGUGUGCGAUUACUGUGUUUACACAAGCCUAAUAGAACCCAUCUAGGGAGGAGAAACCCCAGUUUCGGAAUAACAACCUAGGCGAAAAGCAGUAGUCAUUUUUAACACAGAAUCUUAUUAUGUGGGUGUAUUUUUGUGACUGUUUCAUAUAAUGUCAGUUUGUCUGACAUUUUUGUUUAGUUUAAGAAAAGGCCGGUCAUAGUCUGAAUACCAUUUUUUAUAUCAUGAUAUUAUAUCAUAAUAUAUAUAUAUACAUGUAAAUGUACUAACUGAAUAUUCUGCCUCGUGUAUGUUCAACCCAGGCUCCCCCAGACAAUCUCCAAAUUCAUUCUUAACACGUGUGUAACAAUCUCUGGACCCAAAUUCCCGGACCCUUUCCCGAGUUUAUGUCUGAAAAAUGGCUUGAGGGAAAUACUUUUUGUGUAUUUUUGUAUCUAGAAACUCACACUUUGCUGCAGUCACAUUUCCACAUUUUGUGCAUUACACAGUAGAACAAUUUGGGUGCAAUUUUUUUCUGAUAAAAGAAUGGCUUUAUAUUGUCAGGCACAAAUUGGAAAAUGGUCUAUAUCAACACAUUACAUUCAUUGUGAAACCCAACUGAAUUACAAUUUACACAUUGACAGUUUUGUAUAUUUUUAUAUCUGUUUACUUUAUGUUGAAAGAGUCAAAUUCAACAUAUACAACAGAUGUGUGACAGGCUUUUUUUUUUUACCUGCUACACCACAAUGAUCUGGACACUGAUCAAAUAAAGACACACACACCCGACUAAGGCCACAAUACAAUAUUAUCACGAUAUUGUAAAUCUCAGUGAUCACAUGGCAACAUCUAGUGGACUGAAACAUCAAUUUAUUAAUUUUUUUUAAUGUUGAACUUCA